AUGGCGUCUAUGAAUGCUAUUGGUGUUUUGAAAGUGCCAUCUUCGUCGAAUGUGGGAAGGAAAGCCAUCCCACGCAACCUCUCAUUCUCGGCAUCACAGCUCUCUGGUGACAAGAUUGCCACAGUUUCAGUUUCUGCAGCUGCAGGAAGAAGAAGCUGCACCCGCAAACCGGUGAUUGUUACUCCGAUGGCCGUUUCUGAUUCCCAGAACUCCCAGACUUGUAUUGAUCCAUACGCUAGCAGAAGUGUUCUUGGCAUUAUACUUGGAGGUGGUGCUGGGACUCGUCUUUAUCCACUGACCAAGAAGUGGGCAAAACCUAUUGUUCCUCUUGGAGCUAACUAUAGGCUAAUUGAUAUUCCUGUAAGCAACUGCCUCAAUAGCAACGUAUCCAAGAUCUAUGUUCUUACGCAAUUCAAUUCUGCAUCCCUGAACCGGCACCUUUCUCGUGCUUAUGCAAGCAACAUGGGUGGCUACAAAAAUGAGGGUUUUGUUGAGGUUCUUGCUGCCCAGCAGAGUCCUGAGAAUCCUAAUUGGUUCCAGGAAUGUCGGCUUGAUUUGCUCCGCAUUAACUUCUUGUGGUCUCAUGGUAUUGCAUACCACUUGGAACUUCUUAAGAUGCUUAUGGGGUCUUCUAUUGCAAGACCAUGA